AUCCGUCAAAAUAUUGUCAAAUAGACGGGAGAAGAUUACAUAAAAGCCCGUUUUUCUCGCUUUUCCGCGGCUUUGGUGGCUCCUACGAGAUGUCCGCGGCCGCAAGGACACAAGAUUUGCCCCCUAAACAGGGCUACGCCCCAAUAUCCUUCAAGAGAAUCCCCCCAAAGUCAUAUUUCAAAGGAAUAACCCUCAUUGCUGGGUACUUCGCAAUGACCUUUGGGGGCUUCUACCUCUAUGCCCUCAACUACUGGGACGUCGAGAGGGAGGAAGUUGAGAUGAGAUCUGCCCGGAAUGCCAUCAUUCCCCUACUCAGGGCAGAACGUGAUCGGGAAUUCCUCAAGCAGCUCCGGAGGAAUCGUGAUGAGGAGUCCAAGCUGAUGGCCAACGUCAAGGGCUGGGAGGUUGGAACGUGGUAUGGGGAGCCCAUCUACAAGACCGUUUCGGAGGAUACUCUGAUCUCUCCAUCCUUCAAGGAGUACUACGGGCACACCACCUACGCAGCAGCUGCCAAGAGGGCCCACAUUAAGUUGUACAAUUAAAUGCAGAACGUUUUGUAGAAUGCAAAUUAUUUUAGUUUGAGCUAAAUAAAUAAAAAUCUUACCGUAAAUGGGGGCAAGUUUA